CCGGAUGCGGCAAAACACGGCACGAACGUAGAUGGAUUAAAAACGCGAAUUCCGAGACAGGAGGAGACGCCGGGGUUGCAAAGACAUUCAACAAGACAGUGAUACGCUUCGGAUUCCCCGUUUUCGCCUGUUUUGACUUGUCUCCCCGGGAACAUAUUUUUGUACGUUUUAAACCGGUAGAUUGUUUUCUUUUUUUUUUUUUUUGCUACUUAGCGCCGAGGUCGGUUAGCAUUAGCUGGCACGAGGACAACAAAUCAGCAUUAUCCGGGCUCCUCCAUUGUGACGUCACCGGCGCGCAGGAUCUAAAAAUUACGCUGCUUUAUUUGUCCAAACUUGAAUUAUUUCUUGAAUUGUGGAACCCCGUUUAGUUCUCGACAAAAUGGAUGAGAGCAGCAGGACUUGAGUCCAACUCAUGCGGUGAAUAAUUGUUUCCACGUCGUCUGUGUCGCUGAAGGGGAAUUCGGGAAGGAGACGUCUCUUGUUUUCGGCAUUAUUUUUAAUUUAGCUUAUGCAAAUAGACUCAACUGAACAGUGAAGGAUGAAUGGCCUCUCCGUCAGCGAACUGUGCGGUCUUUUUUGCUGCCCACCAUGCCCCAGCCGCAUCGCCGCCAAGCUGGCCUUCCUGCCGCCGGAGCCCACGUACGCCUUCAUCCCCGAUGCGGAGCAGAGCUCGGACGCGUCUGCGUCAGGCAGGACGUCCAGCCUGCGCACUCGCGGCGGCGGCGCCUCGGUGGCCGAGGGCGCCUCUCCGCCCUCAUCUGAGAAAAAAUGGCGGCUCCACCUGACAGAGCGUGCCGAGUUCCAGUACACACAGCGGGAGCUGGACAGCGUGGAGGUCACCUUCGCCCAAUCAAGCCGAGGGAACAAAAUCGGCUGCAUGUACAUCCGCUGCGUUCCUAAUUCGAGGUUCACAGUGCUGUUUUCCCACGGCAACGCGGUGGACCUGGGCCAGAUGAGUAGCUUCUACAUCGGCUUGGGCACGCGCAUCAACUGCAACAUCUUUUCCUACGACUACUCGGGCUACGGCGUCAGCACUGGCAAGCCCACAGAGAAGGACCUCUACGCCGACAUUGACGCCGCCUGGCAGACCCUUCGCAACGGGUACGGCGUGAACCCCGAGAGCAUCAUCCUGUACGGCCAGAGCAUUGGUACGGUUCCCACCGUGGACCUGGCGUCCCGGUACGAGUGCGCCGCCGUGGUCCUACACUCGCCGCUCACAUCGGGCAUGAGGGUAGCCUUCCCUGACACCAAGAAGACUUAUUGCUUCGACGCCUUCCUCAACAUCGAGAAAGUACCCAAAAUCACGUCGCCCGUGCUGGUCAUUCACGGCACCGAGGACGAGGUGAUUGACUUCUCGCACGGCCUGACACUGUUCGAGCUGUGCCCCAAGGCCGUGGAGCCGCUGUGGGUGGAGGGGGCGGGGCACAACGACAUCGAACUCUACUCUCAGUACCUGGAGCGCCUGCGACGCUUCAUCGGACACGAGCUCGCCUGAGGCCGCCCCACUACCAGCUGCUGCUGCAAAAGGGACUAUGCCAGUACCUUGACUUACCUGGUGUUAAUUGAUUUAGUUUUGUAUUUUUUUUAUUUUUUUUUCGCUUUCAAAACACAAAUGCAAAAUGAUCAUAGUACUCACCAACUUAAUUUUUUAUUUCAAUUUGAUGCGAUGUUUAAUUGGGACAAAUUAGCCUCGUGAGUCAAGGUACCACUGUCUACACUUUUUUUUUAAGGGAUUUUAACAAAUAACAAGAACUGUUUUUCAAGAAUAUUGUUUAGUAAAAUGACAAAUAUUUUCCUUGCUCAGGUUAUCCUGUUUUUUGAAGAUGUCAAAUGGAAGUGUCUGGUCAGCUACUUGAGUGCUUCCCAACCUUUAUUGAGCCAAGGUGCAUAUUUUACACGAGAAAUAUCUCACAACACUAAACCAGACACAAAUUUCACAACAAAGGGAAAGUAAACAAUGAUCUCAAUUUAGAAAAUUACUGAAAGCUGCUCCAAUAUUAUGAAUGACAACAGAUUGAUACUGCCAUCUAGCGGGAGAGCAUUGAAUUGUGGCACUAUACGUCACUGGCAUAAAGAGAUGAACAUGGUUUUGUGGCACAUCGUGGUUGGGAAUCAUCGGUCUACCUCAAAGCCCUGUUUUUGUUUUUGAGUCUUAUUCAAACCAAAAAAAAAAAUUGUUUUCACUCUUUUCAAGUCGAUGCGCUGUUUGAUUUCAUUUGCAAAUGUGAAUGAAGAAAUUUCUGCACCACUUUGUCCACCCUUUGAAUGUGCUGCUUGAUUUGUUUGCAAUAUCUUGUACAUAUUCAUUUUUUUUCUCUCCAGGCUUUCAUUAUGUAUGAACCAAAGUUAUGUUCUUCACUAAUCCAUUCACCUGACUAAACUUGAUUCUUUUGGUUUGGCUAGAAACUUAAUUCUAUCGUGUCUGCUUUCCAACGUGAAGUUUAAUAAAUAAGCUAAUGAAGGCUUCUCUUGAUUCA